AUGGGUUCCAAGAGGCGAAGAGCUACCUCGCCUUCCAGCAGCAUCAGCGGAGGAGACUUUGAUGACGGCCACCACUCCACAAAUAUACCAGGCCCAAGCAGAAAGAGGAGGAGACUUUCUAAUCUCCCAACUGUAGAUCCUAUUGCUGUAUGCCAUGAACUUUACAACACCAUCAGAGAUUACAAAGAUGAACAGGGCAGACUCCUUUGUGAACUUUUCAUUAGGGCACCGAAGCGAAGAAAUCAGCCAGAUUAUUAUGAAGUGGUUUCUCAGCCAAUUGAUUUAAUGAAAAUCCAACAGAAGCUGAAGAUGGAGGAAUAUGAUGAUGUGAAUGUGCUGACUGCUGAUUUUCAACUUCUCUUUAACAAUGCGAAGGCUUACUAUAAGCCUGAUUCUCCUGAAUAUAAAGCUGCCUGCAAAUUAUGGGAGUUGUAUUUGCGCACAAAAAAUGAAUUUGUUCAAAAAGGUGAUGCUGAGGAGGAAGAUGACGAUGAGGAAGGACAUGACAAUCAAGGCGCAAAUUCUGAAUUAUCAUCUCCAGGUUACCUGAAGGAAAUUCUUGAACAGCUUCUUGAAGCUGUAGCUGUUGCCACAAACCCAUCAGGACGUCUCAUAAGUGAAUUGUUUCAGAAACUUCCUUCUAAAGUGCAAUAUCCAGAUUAUUAUGCAAUAAUAAAGGAACCCAUAGAUCUUAAAACUAUUGCCCAAAGGAUACAGAAUGGAACUUAUAAAAGUAUUCAUGCAAUGGCCAAGGAUAUAGAUCUUCUGGCAAAGAAUGCCAAAACCUACAAUGAGCCUGGAUCACAAGUAUUCAAGGAUGCAAAUGCGAUUAAAAAAAUAUUUAAUAUGAAAAAGGCUGAAAUUGAACACAGUGAGUUGGCCAAGUCAAGUCUCCGAAUCAGGACUCCAUCAAAUUUGACUGCUUCCAAGCUGACAGGUCCUUCCUCACAGGGUAAAGGCAGUGUUGGUGAUGAGAGAAAUUCUUCUAACAAAUAUUAUCGUAACAAAAGAUCAGCCCAAGGGGAUCGUUUAUCAGCAAUAACCAUGGCAUUGCAAUACGGAUCAGAAAGUGAUGAGGAUGCAGCUUUGGCUG